UUACUUGGUAUCAGACGCCGAGCACCUCCGGUCCUCUUCCUGCUUCCGCUUCCACCAUGCACCGCCUCCUCCGCCGCACCCGUUCGGCGGACUUCGACGCACCGGCGCCCGCUCCCUUCGCCGCGGUGCCCCUCGCCGCCGCCGCGCCUGCCGCCCCCACGCCCGCGGUCACCACUCCCCCGGUCGCCACGGCCCCCGCUGCGCGCCCCGGACCCUCCACGUCCGAUCGGGGCAAAACGCCUGUUCCUGAGGGCGCCAUGGCCUCUUCCUCGUCCGCGCCCCGCCCGGCUCCUCCGCCCCCUACGGGCGUUCUGCGCACCGCUGGCAGUACUCCUGCUCCCCGUCUCGCACUCGGCGGCACCAGCGGCGCCCUCGUCCCUCUCCGCAUGGGGGGCGCCUCCGACGCCGGCCCUUCCUCCGUUGCCGGUCUCCCGCCCUCUGUCGCACACUACUUCACCUCCAAGCUCCAGCUGGAGUUGGGGAACUACUCUCGUUGGCGCCAGCUCUUCUACGUCAUCGCCUGCAAGUACGAGGUCCAGCACCACCUCGACAUCGCCACCGAGCCGCUCGGCCAGAGCGCCGUGUGGAGAAACGACGCCCUCACCAUCGUGCUGUGGAUGCAUGGCGUGGUCGACGACGACCUCCUCGACGCCGUCGCUACCCCGGCCAGCUCCGCCUACGACAUCUGGUCGCAGCUUCACCUCCUCUUCAUGGACAACCAGCCCGGGCGCGCUGUCAUCCUCGGUGCAGAAUUCCGCAGCUUCGUCCAGGGCGACCUCUCCGUCGCCGAAUACAGCAGGCGUCUCAAGUCCCUCGCAGAUGCCCUUGAGGACGUCGGCGAGCGCGUCACCGAUCAGUCCCUCAGACUUCAGCUCAUCCGUGGUCUCAACCGUAAGUUUCACGUCAUGGCUACCCUACUGCCGAUGCAAUCACCGUUCCCAACCUUCGUGCAGUCGCGCUCGAGGCUGCUCAUGGAGGAGAUUUCGGCUAACGAGCGGGCGCGGCUCGAUGGACGGCCUGAAGCCACGGCCACCGCGCUCGCCAUCGGCCACAGCCCGGACGUCUCCUCCUCCGACCGCACUCCUGAUCGCGCCUCCAUCGAUCGGGGCAAGGUGCCUGCCGCGCCGCAGUCUGGUGACCGCGACCGCGGAGGGCGUGGACGUGGGCGUGGGCGCGGCCGCGGCCGCGGCGCCCAAACUCCUGGCGGCCCCUCCUCCGGCCGCGCUGCUGCUCCUUCCGAUUUCGGCUCGUCCUCAUCACUGCCCACCGGCUACUUCGCCCCGUACGGGGCGCUCCUUCCGGGUCUUCCUCGGCCUCGCGCACCGUGGGCCGCACCGAACGCUGCGGGUGUUCUAGGCCCGCGCCCGCCACCUCCUCAUCAGGCCUACCCGGUAGCCGCCGCGGCCUCCUCCAACGGGCCGUCUUGGGAGCAGUACAACCAACUGUACGCCGCGCUGCAGAACCUCUCCGUGCAGCACCAGCAGGCCGGCGGCACACCGGACUGGUUCCUCGACACGGGCGCUACGUCGCACGUCGCUGGACCUAGCAACAGGGAGAAAAAUUCUGAGAUCCAAUAGCCACGGGGAGCUCUACCCAUUCUUCACCAACUCCGGCGUCCAAGAAGCUCUCUCCGUCGUCACCGGCGACCUCUGGCAUCAACGUUUGGGACAUGCUAGCAAUAAAUCCGUUUCUGCUUUAGCUCGUCAUUUACUUCCCUCAUGUAAUAAAGACUUGUCUAGCACCACUAUUUGCUCCUCAUGUAAAUUAGGCAAGCCGGGGGCUGCCCUUUUCCCUUUCUGUAUCAAAAACAAGUGCACCCUUUCAACUAGUUCAUUGUGAUUUGUGGA